UUUGGGGAGGACUGUGGAAGGACUUUGGAACUUUGUGCAAAAAUAGCCAUUGCGGGCUUAGGUUCCGGCGACGUGGCUAAAUGCACCAAGAAGGUCGGGAUCGUCGGGAAAUACGGGACCCGCUAUGGUGCCUCCCUCCGGAAAAUGGUGAAGAAAAUUGAAAUCAGCCAGCACGCCAAGUACACGUGCUCCUUCUGUGGCAAGACCAAGAUGAAGAGACGAGCCGUUGGCAUCUGGCGCUGUGGCUCCUGCAUGAAGACAGUGGCUGGGGGGGCCUGGACCUACAACAUGACUUCUGCCGUCACAGUGAAGUCCGCCAUCAGAAGACUGAAGGAACUGAAAGACCAGUAAAAGUGCUACCAUUUGAUACACAAGCCUACUAACUACAAUAGUGCACAGCCAACUAAAUAAAUGGGUUAAUUUACG